AUGGUCAUUGGAUACCGGCUUACUGAAAGGACAGGCGUAUACCAAUCUGUCAUAACCGCUGUCGAAGGUGGAUGUAGGCAUAUAGACACCGCAUAUCUGUACUUAACAGAGGAUUUGGUUGGCAAGGCUGUAGAGAACGUAAUAGAUCGAGGCAUAGUGAAACGAGAAGAUUUGUUUAUUACUACAAAGCUAUCAUUCCGAGUUCUUACACGCGCUCAGGUUAUACCGUCAAUUAAAGAGUCUUUAAAAAGACUAAAACUGGAUUAUGUGGAUUUAGUCCUUAUCCAUACACCGUGUGAUGUGUUAGGUUUAAAGCCCGGAUUCCCUAAAAAGUCCGAGUGUUCAAGGAAUCACACUUUAGAGGUGUGGAAGGGGCUUGAAGACGCAAAGCGAUUGUGUUUGACGAGAUCUAUCGGAGUUUCAAACUUUAACAGCACAGACAUGGCGAGUAUAUUAGCUGACUCAGACACUGUACCAGCUGUCAAUCAAAUUGAGACGAAUCCAACGUUCGCGCAUCAGGAAUUAGUUGCUUAUUGUCAAAGCAAAAAUAUAGUUGUAACAGGCUAUGCUCCGUUUGGUUUUCUCGUGUCAAGACCAUUCAACGAUUUAGCAUUACCACCGACCGUCGACGAUCCUUUCCUAGUGAGCCAGGCCGAGAAAUACGAUGUCACCGUCAACCAAUUAAAAGAUUUACGUCAAGCAGUGUUAUGGGCGAUAGAAUCUGGGUGGAGGACCAUAGACACGGAUGUUAACGAAGAUAUAAUAGCAGAGGCUGUUAAUGAAGCCAUACGAUGUGGACUUGUUACACGAGAAGAAUUAUUUAUCAUUGCUAGGUCGGGAAAAAAGAAAUUCAACCUUUUGGACCUUUGGACUGGCAUGGAAGACGCAAAGGAGUUGGGUUUGACAAAGUCCAUUGGCGUGGGCAACUUUAGGAAGGAAGACUUGAUUUCAAUUUUGCCGUAUUGUACGACAAAACCUGCUGUUAAUGAGAUUGAGGUAAACCCGACGUUCACAAAUAUUGAAUUAGUGGAAUAUUGUCAGAAGCAGGCGAUUAUUGUGAUGGCUUACGCGCCUUUAGGCUUUGCAGUUCCGAGACCGGAAGUGACCAAACGACCACCACCUUCGCUGACUGACCCCGUUUUGGUGAAAAUGGCCAAAAAAUAUGAUGUCACCACUGCUCAAGUUCUUCUUCGUUAUGUGAUUGAACGCGGCACAGUACCAAUAACAAGGUCAGUCAACAAGAACCACAUUAAGCAGAACAGAGACAUUCUCAACUUCACUCUCACUGACGAAGAAGUGGAUAUAAUCAACGGAUACAACAAAAACUGGCCUGUUUAUCCCGCUGAAAAACGCCUCAACGAUUACAAUAUCAAAAUGGAGCACGCAAGUCGACGAAAUAAGAAAUUGUACUAGUGAAAAAUUGUAAAGAUAUAACAAUAAUAA